AACAUCCGCAAGGAGCGCUGACGUGUUGGCGUCCCGGCGAAUCUGCUGCAGUGGCCGAUCGGUGCCCGUGUGCCAUGCAACGUGUCGCGCUUACCACUGUCUUCUUCCCUCUGCGACAACACACCACCACCUCUUUCUCUUCCUCUCUUCCUUUUUCUUCUUCUUUUUCUACUCCUUUCAAUUGUUUUUUUCAAAAACUUUCACUCCUGUCCACAAUUUACAUUACACACUUUCAUUUAUGAGUGCCGUGUCGGCUAAUAUACGUUAUCAAAAAUGCUACCGUUAUGAUUCACGUAAAAAACGCACUGUUAUUUUCUUUUUUCCGCUUCGCCUUCUCAAAAUACUGCCAGUCUUCUUCAUUUCUACCGCUGCUGGUCCCGUUUAAAAAAAAUUACUCUUUCGUCCGGACAAAGAACUGAACGAAAACGAAAUCAAAAAUUGCUGCCUACCCAAGUACAUAUAGCUCCUAGAGGUCAAAUCGGGGAGUCACAGUGGCGUCGUUAGGAGAGUUUUUGGAAACCGCGCGUCUACCAACGGGAUGCACACAAAUGUGCAUACGGAUCGAACCGCAUGGCGCGUGCCGCCUGACGAGACCUUACAGGUUGCUGAUCCCAAGGCCAAAAAGGCCGAGGUAGGUAGCGAAGAGGAGCUAGCAUACCACAGUUACGAAGGUCAUAAUUGGUGGUCAAUAGUUUUUUCACUGUUAGUGAUUGGAAUUGUAAUAUCGGGGAUAGUGGCUGCAAUUCUUCUAAUGGGCUACGUGGAUGAAUUACUUUACUGGCAUGGAAAGAGAAUGCAACUAGAUGAAUAUUUGGAGGGAGGCCUAAAUCCACAACGUUUACCCCACACCUGGAUUUCCGAAAGUCGUCUUGUUUUUCAGGAUAAUGAUGGAGGAUUAGCUGUGUUAAAUACCGAUAAAAAUUUUUCUGUUACUCUUCUAGUUACUAAUCACACUUUGAGACAACUCAAUGUUAAAGACUAUCAGUGUUCAAAAGAUCUACGGUACGUCCUAUUUCAACAUAAUGUAAAAGAGGUUUUCAGACAAUCCUAUACAGCGCACUAUACUGUCUAUGAUGUUAGCAACGAUCAUCAUAUCCCUGUACGAUUAGCUUCGGCUCCAAAAGUUCAACCGCAGAGGCUUCAGUACGUUCGCUGGAUAAGCGACACCAAUGCCUUAUUAAUCUUCUACGAAAACGAUAUUUACUACAGGGCAUCGCCUGUAGACGAAACGGACACUAGACUAACUUUUACGGGACAGCCGGACGUCAUUUAUAAUGGCCUUCCUGACUGGCUCUACCAAGAGGAUGUCUUAAAGAACCCGGAAGCGUUGUGGUGCUCCAGGGACGGAACGCACCUGUUAUACGCCACAUUCAACGACAGCGAUGUGGGAACAUUAAUCUUUCCGUGGUUCUCGACAGGAGCUGUAUUAGCAGCAGGAGGAACGAAACAACGAGCUCCCAUAUUCCCCCCUUCUAGAUCUGUUAGAUAUCCAACGCCGGGAACACCGAACCCAAAAGUGCAAUUGUGGAUACUAGACAUUUCAAACUUGACUGAACUUCAAAGGUGGGCCAUUAAACCGCCAAAGGCAUUGAAGGAUGAGGAUUAUUAUCUUACUUCGGCAGGUUGGAUUGGUCAGAGUAAUUCUCAAAUAACUGCAGUCUGGAUGAAUAGGCCGCAAAAUCUUAGUCUUGUGUCGACGUGUUUCGCACCCAAUUGGACUUGUAUAGAGAUUCAUGCUGAGCGAGCAGCCGAAAAUUCGUGGUUGGAAAUUCAAGAACACCCUGUAUUCUCUUCUGAUGGAGAAAGUAUAUUGUUGUUAGCAGCGGUUCAAGAGGGAAACACAGAUACGUUUACGCAUAUAAAACACGUCACUUUAAGUCAACAACAUAUUGCAGUCUUAAGUCACGGCCGGCUUGAAGUGACUAAAAUUUUAGCGUGGGACACGGAAAAUCAUUUAGUAUACUAUUUAGGCACUCAGGAUCACAAGCCCGGUCAAAAGCAUUUGUACGUUAUUAAGGAUCCAACAACGGACGAUCCCAGGCGAAUAGAGCCUUUAUGUAUCACAUGUGACUUGGGAGGUGUCCUGUGGAGCAGUCGAUAUUAUUAUGGGAAUUGCAGUCACUUCAGUGCUUCAAUUAGUCCUCGCGCAGCGUCGUCCGGAAUGUUGUACUACCUCCUCGAGUGCGAGGGUCCUAGGUUCCCAUUGGCAGGGCUCCAUUCCGCCAGAACCCACAAACUUCACAAGAUAAUCUAUGACACGCGUGCCCGCAUGACUCCUAAGCUAAGUGACUUCGCUUUACCGAAACAACAAUUCCUAGAGGUGCCUUUAACCCAAGGGAACCGGGCUCAAGUUCAACUACUACUUCCUCCCAGUUGGAGACCUGAACUUCGUGAUGCGGCAUAUCCUGUCAUCGUGGAGGUUAAUGGUAGACCCGGUAGUAAAGCCGUUACGGACAAAUUUAGAGUAGACUGGGGGACAUAUAUGUCUAGCCACUGUGAUGUAGUGUAUAUAAGAUUAGAUGUGCGUGGUUCGUUGGGUCAAAGUAGUCGCGCUUUGUACCACCGUUUAGGUGGCAUUGAAGUGCAGGACCAAAUAACGGUGUUACAGCAUCUAUUAGAAAAAUAUUCAUACUUAGAUAAAACUAGAAUAGGACUAUGGGGUUGGGGUUACGGCGGCUACGUCACCUCCAUGGUGCUAGGAACUCAACAGAAGAUCUUCAAGUGCGGAAUCGCUGUCAAUCCCAUCACCGACUGGCUAUAUUUUAAUUCAGCAUUCACAGAAAGAAUUUUGGGACUGCCAACAGAGAACUACAAGGGUUACGUGGAGUCAGAUGCAACUCAGAGGGCAAAAUUGAUACCAUCAAUGUCUCUCUAUCUCAUCCACGGUCUUGCAGAUUUGACUGCGCCAUACCAACACGGCAUCUCCUUAGCCACAGCUCUGGCCGAUGCAGGAGUCCUUUUCCGUUAUCAGAGUUACGCUGAUGAAGGACACAAAUUGGAUGGAGUGAUUAAACACGUAUAUCGCUCGAUGGAAGACUAUUUCCAGGAGUGCCUUAGUUUAGACACUGAUGACCCAAAAGCAUCCCCAGCUACCUGAAACAUGGUCAAGCACUUGUUGUUUUGCGUCACGUCUUUGUUACGAACACUUUUUCGCGGCCAUCAUCACGUCAAUCAUCAGUAAAUGAAAUUACUCUUUCGAAAUAAAAUAAAAUAAAGAAAUUAAAUGAGAAACAAUCUUCCAAUUAACAGUGUUUUAUAUUUCUUACUAAGGUGUACGUUCAGACUCUUAUUAAUCUGCUAUCGAGUGAGUCAUUAAAGUUAUUAGUAAGUAACUCUUUUAACUGACUUGUGUGUUCCACGAUUACAGCAUGUUGUUUAAUAAAUAAAAAAUGUGAUGAAAAAAAUCUUAGAUAGUCCUGUUCUUUUACUAAUAAUUAUAUUUAAUAAUGUACAAACUUUGGUUUGGUACAAAAGCAAAUUAUCAACAUCUGUAUGCAAUGAAUUUAGAAAUCGGUUUUGUUUGUUUGUUUUUAUUUAGAAAAAAAAAAGUUGCCCAACAAAAUUUUUGUAUCCUAACCGUAAAUUAUUUAAUGUUUCUAAAAAAAUUGGGCAUGAUAUUACACGAAAAUAUAUUUUCAAAUCAAAAGUACUUAUUUGUAAUUCCACAGAAAUAAUGAAACGUAAAAUAUUUUUUAUUUUUUUCUCUUAAUUUUUAUGAGUUUGCCAUCAAAAAAACUCUAUCUCAAUUUAAGAAAAAACACACUAGGCUACACAAAUUGUUUGAAUGCCCACAACAGUUGUGGAAGAAAUACAACUGUUGUGGACAAUUAAACAAAUUGUGUAGUCUAGUAUUUAAAUAUUAUAAUAUUUAUUAGUUGAAAAACCUAUAGAAUAUAGUUACGUUAUGCUGUUGUACCAAACCCAUUAAUUAAUAUAGUAUAAAUUGUUAGAAAAUUAUCUGUAGGUAAAACCAGAGUCAAUUAUAAUUUAAUUGAAUCGAAAUAUCUAAUACCAUAUUGUUGGAUCGCUUUAUAAUAUCUUAUUCUGUCGAAAAAGGUUGUGAAUUUCGAAGCGUGAUUAUUAUGUUGAUUAAGCUGCAGCAUCUGUAGUUAUUUUCAGUAGGCCUAUAUUAUUAUCUAUUAUAAGAAUUAUGCUUGAAAAGUAAAACGAAUCCAAGACAAUCGCUGUACCUACCAUAGCAUGCUUUGAUACCUACAAUUUAGCUUAUUAUAAGUAUUAAAAGUUUUUCCCUAAGAACAUUCUAUUUAACCUUCAAUGAUAAGACGUAAGAUAAGGUGACAUUACCUCAGUAACUAUACAAGUUUUAACAAAUCAAAAGGGCAUUGAAAUUAAAAAUGUAAGCACAUUUUUUUAAUUCCUUUUUCAUCGUUUCUUUAUCAAGAAAUAUUUUUACUUAUUUUAAAACUAACUUCAAAACCACCUACGUACACUAUUUUCAGUUUCAUCUAAUGCAUUAUGUUAAAACGAAGUUAAAAUUUUCAUCUUCUUUUAUUCUGCAUGAAUCAAGUACGUAGUUUUAAAAGCAAUAAGAGAAAUGUACUAAUUAAACUCACCGAUGCAGUGAAGACUGAGUAGACGUUUUAGAUCUUCAAUAGGUACCUACAAAAUACAAAUAAAUACAUUUAGAUUAAAUGAAUAAAUAUAUAUAGUAUGAAGGCGUCUUAUAAUCAUAAAUUAAAUAUAAUUGAAUUACUUCUUUUGGAUUAAGUUAUUAGAGGUAUAUUAAAAUGCACUGGCCCGCAAAGUGUGCAAGAGAUGGAAGCCAAUGAAUAGGCGGAGUUUUGUCACUGCAUCACCUAAGGUUACGGCCCAUGAGAUUCUAAACUACCUCUAUUAAUGGUGAUUUAAAUUUAAAUUGAACGUAUUAUUAAUUGGCGUUACAAACAUCAAGUUAUUACUAGAAAAAUUUUGAAUCAAACAAUGACAUUUUGAAUUAUUAAUAGUGGUUAAUAUGAAAUAUUAAUGUGAAAAUUCAUUUUCAAUUUUCCAUUCAC